AUGAGCCAAGGCUUGGAAGAGCGAAAGACGGAAGAACAACGGGAGGUGGAGACAGACCCCAAGGUCGUGUUCGCUGUGGAGUAUGGCUUCCUUCUCAUCUUCACUCUCGCCCUGACAUUCCUGGGCAUGGUUGCGGGCAUCGUGUUCUUUUCCAUCUACGGGCCCGUGGAGUCGAUUGUGAGCUUUGCCGCCAUCUUGGGCGUGAUGCUCAUCCUGUUUCCGUUCAUCCUGCCCCGUCGCAUCACCGUCACCCGAAAGCAUCUCAUAAUUGGCUUGCUCAUCCCUAUCCACAUUGAACUGUCCAACGUCAAGAACAUCGUCCACGAGCAGGAGCUCUGCACAGAGCACACGUUCCAGAUGAAGAUCAAGUUUGCCACCAGCAUCACCAACCGCAUUUUGGUGGAGCGUUACAACGGAUGGGCCGUCACCUUCAGCGUGCAACAUCCACAGGAGCUGAUUGACACCGUGUUUGCGUUCCGUAACGGCCACACCAACUACCGGCCGUCCAGCACGCAGCUGCUGGGGCGGUGA